AUGACGUGCCGUUGUCCAGUUCAAGAAAUGAAAAAUUGGACUUUUGUGAAUUUGGUGCUAUGGUGGCACAAGAAUGGAAACUUCACUGAUGACCUCUUCAUCACAUACACGAUGAUAAUAAAACACAACAGCAUCAUCUUCAUCAGUUCAGAGCAACUGAACAACGUGCAAGUGUAUGAAGGCGUCAGUUGGCAGAAGAAACUUAAAUCUCCCACCGAUUUUUGUUUCGCACUCAAACAUCCAAAAGUUCAAAGAAGUAACAGCAAAUUCGUGAAAUAUUUUUGCACUGAGGACGAGCUGGAGAAAACUAAAUGGAUUAAUUCGAUCAGACUCGCUAAGCAAGGGAGAACUAUCUACCAGAACUUUGCGGCCCUUCAGCCAUCAGUGAAAACGUACAACAGCUUCAUUAAGAUCCAGCAGACCGUCAAAUCGAAACGAAACUCACAGAGAAUUUCGGAAUCGAGUACGGUCAGUAGCAGCGAUAGUUCGUUGAGGAUGGAGCUUCCAGUUGCUGAGAGCGUUUGGGAUAAGCAGGACUCCCAGCAGCAGCAGCAGCAGCAACAACUCUCUACUCUGAUGGAUGAAAUGAGUGAAAAGUUAGCAUCAUCAUCUUCCUCCUUUCGCCAGAAAUCUAUCGGAAAUGUAAUACAGAGUCAAAUAUCGCCCGCAAGUAAUAACUACACGUUCAGCAACCAGAACAACGGCAACCAAUGCAGCAACAACAACUACAGCAGCAACCACUACAGCAACAACAACUACAGCAACAACAACUACAGCAACAACAACUACAGCAACAACAACUGCAGUCUCACAGAUCUAACUCAAAAAAAUACUCACUUAUUCUCCCCGACAAAAUCAUUGAACGAGUACAACAUCGAAAACGCAACGAACUCGCACAGACCUCUGGCUCUUCAAAAAAUCACCCUACAACCCAACCACCACCACCACCAUCAUCAUCAGCCUCCUCCCUCUCUUCUUCAACAUCUCACUCCAGAUCGUUACCGUCAUUAUCCUCUCAAUCCACAUCAUCAUCUCAUUCCCGAUCCAAAGCAUACAAUCGUACGCAGAGCUUUAAGUUCCGGCCCCAGAAACCACGUGACCAGCUUCCUUCCCCUGCAGCCAACUUCCUGUCCGCAAUCGCCGAAAAUAGUAAUCAACGAAAAUCCCGGCACUCUAACUUCAUUCCAGAGCAGAAUCCACACGGAAAAAAGUUUAAGAUCUACACAAGAAACUCAUCUGCUGAGUUUCAAUCCGCGAAAAAGAGACGACGGUGAUGGUGAAGAAGAAGAUGGAGAUGGGGGCAACAUGGCGAGGGAAAGCGGCGGUCACGAGCGUUUAGAAGUUGGCUCAGGAAGAUUCGCCAUGUUGGCUGGUCAUUUCAAGAGCAGGAUCCUUAGUAGGAAUAAUUCAGACUGCGGCAAACAACUACAAAAGCAACUACAACUGCCACAACUACAAAGUUCACCUCUGCAGCACAACGAACAGUUUCUACAACAACUACAUCUUGCACAUGCUUCCCUGAUGAAUUCACAAGCAACAACUGUUAACAACAUGCUGAAAAACAACACACCACACAACAACAACACACCACACAACAACAACACACCACACAACAACAACACACCACACAACAAUAACAACACACCACACAACAACAACACACCACACAACAACAACACACCACACAACAACAACACGCCACUCAACAACAACACACCACACAACAACAAAAACAACAACACACCACACAACAACACACCACACAACAACACACCACACAACAACAACACGCCACACAACAACAACAACAACAACACGCCACACAACAACAACAUUAUUACCGAUGUUGUUGCUGAUGAUGUAGUUGUUGACGACGACGACGAUAUUGAUUUUCUGCCCCCACCUCCAUCUCACUUAUUGCAAGGAUUAAAAUGUAAUAAUCUCAACAAACCACCGACUCCUCCUAAGAGAAACUAUAAAAUUAUAAAUAAAUAA